CAGCUACGGCAACUGAAAGAGAGGAUCAUGAUGCAAGACCCGGCCGCGGUCCCCAUCGAGAACUUACUCCCAUCUAGUCAUGACUGCCUGGUGGCGUUCAUCAUUACCGUCCUGAACCGUCAUCUGAAUACCCCAAUCACUCGGGUGGCCAAUGCAGCCAGUGUGAGGACGGUUUCCAUAGUUUCUGGUGUCGUCGAAGAUGGCAUUGCCGGGAAUGCGAUCUACAUUAUACCCACAAGUAUAGCUGCUGAGGACAUCCAUGAUCUCAAGAGGAUCGCCUACGCUCUCCGCCGUUCCAUAUUGUCUUGGCGAGAGCGCUCCAAGGUAGAGGAGUACAUGUCAGUCGCCAGCCACUUCAUGCAGUUGGCCACGGACCAAGGCCAUUCGAUGUUCUUCGCCGCUCCUCCCGGACACAUGUCGGUCAAUUCG